AUGCGGCGUUGUGCAACACUGUAUACUCUAUACGUAUGUGCCUGUCACUUUCAGCAGUCGAAAGCUAACUUUUCCCAAUUUUUCUGACAUGGAUCGCUCCACAAGCACCGACUUGAGCUUAACUUAUGGAAGGCAGACGCCGCGCAAGCCGCCGCAUCGCGUCAUCUUCGAGGUGGCCGUUGAUACGGAGACGCAACCAUCGCCGCGUCCCGAAGAUAACGGCGCUGAGUUUCGUCGCUUUGAGCUGACCGUUCCAGAUCCGAACGACAAGCGCCUGAUGAUCAUCUCGUUGAUGAAUGGCCCAGCCGAUCCCAAUUUCCGUUCACUGAUGGGCGAGCUGCGCCACAGCCUGGACAAGGUGCGGCGCGAAGAGGCCGAGGCCGAGGCCGCGGAGAAGGCAAAGGCCGAGGCAGAGGCGAAGGAAAAGGUCAAGGCAGCGGCUAAGGCAAGGGCCGUGGCAGCGGCCAAGGCAAGGGCCGAGGCAGCGGCAAAAUCGAAAGCCGAGAAGAAAGCAAAGACCGAAGCAAAGGGAAAGGCCAAAGCCAAAGCCAAGGCCAAGGCAAAAGCCGUGGCAGAGGCGAAGGCAAGGGCUGAGUCAGAGGCAAAAGCAAAGGCCGAGGCAGCGGCCGAGGCAAAGGCCGAGGCAAAGGCCGAGACAACGGCAAAGGGGAAAGCCGAGAAGAAAGCAAAGGCCGAAGCCAGGGAGAAGGCUAAAGCCGAGGCAGAAGCGAACGCAAAAGCCGAGGCAGAAGCGAAGAUGAAGGCCGAGGAAGAGGCGAAGAUGAGGGCCGAGGCAGAGGCGAAGGUGAAGGCCGCGAAGAUGGCAAAGCUCGAGGCAAAAGAGAAGGCAAAAGCCGAGGCCAAGGCGCUGGUAAAGGCCAAGGCCGAGGCGAAAGCUGUGGCGAAGGCAAAGGCUAAGGCCGCGGAGAAGGCAAAGGCGAAGGCCGAGGUGAUGGCAAAGGCGAAAGCCGAGGCGAAGGCCAAAGCCGAGGCAAAGGCCAAAGCCGAGGCAAAGGCCAAAGCCGAGGCGAAGGCCAAAGCCGAGGCGGCCAAGAACCGCUCGAGCCGUCGAUCGCGUCGUUUACGGAAGGCGGGCUCCACCAUGGACACCGCAUCCUAGACUAAGCGGGCUUAGCUGGAGGGACCCUCGUAUAGCUGUAAGACCGUCCUUCUCAGUCUCUAUUUAUAUGUAUGCAUGUAUGUAUGUGUGCAUGUGCAUGUGCAUGUCUCUAUGUGUGUGCAUGCGUUAAUAAAAAAUGCAAACUCCACUGGGAGCAAUCGAACAGCUUAAAA